GACGCCAUUUUUCUGUCAAUGGAGUCAUAAGUUGCGUGCUCGCAGGACGCCAUUUUAUUAAAAUAAUAAUUUCAAUUAUCUGCAGUGAAAACUAUUCUAUUUUAUACAAGUGAACGUUAAGAAAUUUCAAAAUGAGUUACGGAAGACCUCCGCCGCGUAUUGACGGCAUGGUAUCGUUGAAAGUGGACAAUCUCACAUAUCGUACUACCCCUGAAGAUUUACGCCGCGUUUUCGAAAGGUGUGGGGAAGUAGGCGACAUUUAUAUUCCUCGUGAUCGUUACACAAGGGAAAGCAGAGGAUUCGCUUUUGUCAGGUUUUACGACCGACGCGAUGCGGAGGAAGCGCUGGACUCGCUCGACGGGCGCAUGCUGGACGGAAGGGAGCUGCGAGUGCAGAUGGCUCGCUACGGAAGGCCUUCGUCGCCCUACAGAAGCCGGUACGACCGCAGACGCAGCGGUUCUCGCUCCGGGUCUCGCUCACGCCGCCGCUCCCGCUCUCGCUCGCGUUCCCGCAAGCGCUCGUACUCGCGCAGCCGGUCCCGUUCCCGCAGCCGCAGCCGCUCGGACUCCAAGAGCUCGCGCGGGCGCUCCCGCAGCCGCUCGCAUUCCAGGUCUCGCUCCAGGCAUUGAAGUGCUGAGUUGAGAGUACCGGUUUAGAGCUGAAGCUGUGCCAGCUAUCUCGUGCACUCUUCGGCCAAGGUACUAGCUCUCACUUACUCUAGCCCCACGACCUAACUAUGUCCAACAUAGUGGCAAAUUUUAACGUAACAAAUUAACUUUUAAGUUCUUAACUUAGAUUAACAACAACUCUUAGUGAUUUUGUCUUCUUUUUUUAUUAUUUGCAUUAUCAGACUGUUAUGUAGCAAGUUGAUAACUUAUCAGAUAUCAAAUUUUCCCGAUAGAUUUUUAAUUUGUGUAAUAGGCUCAAGUUCUGUUCAGAUUAUUUUACUACAUUUAAAAAAGGCUCCUAGACACAAAUGCUUGUGUAUUGUGUUGUGUGAUUCUCAAAAAAUCUAUUUAAGGAGAAUAUAAUUGUGGAUUUUAAAAUGUAUAAAAUAUGAUUUCAUCAGUUUGUGUAUUUAAUCACCAAUUAGGUGUGACCAUAAAGGUCCUUAGAUAUAUUUCAGGUUAGAAUCAUUACCCAGGAGAUCAUGUGCUACCCAUGGGCAUUGUGGGCUAAAUUGGGACAUUUUGGGACACCUCAUGAUGUGUGGUAACAGAAAUUAACAACCAAAUGCCUU